UUAAACGCACACAAAAGAAGUUGAAGUAACGAGCGUUGUUUGUUGCAGGUGCAAGCCCUGCCCGCACCCUGCUGACAUAUUAGCCAACGACAGAGCGACACUCGACAGCUGCAAUACCAAAGAUGAUGAACUUAUAACGCCAAUGGAACUUCAAGACGAUACUAAUCGCGCUGACGACGCUGCUUCCAUAUCUGACGAUGAAAACGAGCCCUUGUCAUUUGCAGCCACGAAGAAGUCCACCGAGUUAUACAACACCUUCUACCAGGCACUGGUCAAUUUUAAAGAUCAUUUUGUCGUAAACCAUAAAGCUAAAAGUAAUUACCCAGAUUUCACUGACUCUAGUGAUUCUGAAUUGGCCUUUGAAGACAACGAGUAUGGAGUCGAUUUAGACGUGGAUCACUUUGAUGAUUUAACACAGAGCAACAUGAGGAAGGACAGGAUGGACGAGGAAACGCGGCUGGAGUUGAGCCAAGUUCAGACGAAGAUCAACGGUAAAGUGUACUACACUUGUAAACUAUGUGGAAAGAACCUCAGUUCGUCGCAUACGUACGUGUUUCACAAGCGCAUCCACACGGGCGAGCGACCCUGCGUGUGCCACAUCUGCGGGAAACAGUUCCGCGCUCCUAACGGCUUGCAACGACACCUCACCGAGACACACGAGAAAGUCCGCCGACAUUCUUGUCGUUUUUGCACGAAAAACUUCGCUAACUCGCAAAAUUUGAAGCAGCACAUGAGGAUCCAUACUGGGGAGCGUCCGUUCGUGUGUUCGCAUUGUGGGAAGAGGUUCACUCAGAGCGGUUCGUUGCAUGUUCAUUUGAAGACGCAUACGGAACAGUUCCCAUUCCAGUGCGCCGAGUGUGGGGCCAAGUUUAGGCUGAGGUCUGGUCUGACACGGCACCGGCUGAAGCACACGGGCGAGCGGCCGCACGUGUGUGCGCACUGCGGCCGCAGCUUCAGACAGAAGCACGAACUGAGCAGCCACAGUCUCUCCCACACAGACGCCAAGCCGUUCACCUGCACGCUAUGUGGCGCCGCCUUCAGGCAACGACGCGCGCUCACGCACCACACCAAGCGUUUGCACGAAAAUAACCAAAACAGGGCUGAAACCAUGCUAGUUUACACUCACAUUAGACAAUAUCAGUGAUAAUAUUUUAAAGUAAAUUUGAAAUUAAAUAAAAAGUCUUGCCAGAAUCGAAAGGGUGAAAAUUUGUAUGAUGUUUUAAUAAUAAUAUACUGUUGUUGUUUUAUUA